CUCCGAGAGAGGAAGCUUUCUUUCUGGCGACAGUUUGAGCGUCGCCGUCAUCGUCGCUGCUGGCUAUGUCUACAACAUUGAGAUGCUCUUUUUCAACCUUCGGAGGCAUUCUUUUAAUUUAUGUUCGCUGAGUCUAGAAAUCAGCAAUGGCUGGAGAAUUGAUUCGUCUUGAUGACAAGCACAUAUCCGUCGAACAAAUGAAAAUGUCUGUAGAUCGGAUAUUGCAAUGCUAUAUCCGUAAUAUGCAUGGUCCUCCAUCACCGUUGGUAGAGAAUUACCUGCAGGAAGCGGGUUUUUGGCACGUGGUGACGGUAGGCCGGGGAUGCAAGUUAGACCCAAAACUUAUCAGUGCGUUGAUUGAGAGGUGAAGACCCGAGACGCAGACAUUCCAUCUUCCAUGUGGAGAGUGCACUAUCACUUUGGAAGAUGUGAAUCUGCAAUUGGGAUUGCCGGUGGACGGGUACCCAGUCAUCGGGUCUGUUUAAUCUGGCGAUUAGGGAGCCGUAUGCUACGAGCUUUUGGGCGCUAUUCCGGAGAAUAUUAACGGAGGUCGGAUCGAGAUGGGCUGGUUACGAGACACAUUCUUGGAUCCGGAUAAUGAUUCAACCAAACUAGGGCAUACAUUCUUCAGAUAAUUGGAGGUUAUCUGAUACUGGACUUGUCACGGAAAAUCUAAGAUGACUGCUGAAACUCAUUGAUUUUACAGUAGCCGGUGAAUUGAGUUGGGGGUCGGCCGUGUUGGCAACACUAUACCAGGAGAUGUGUUGGGCAACGCGACCCAAUAAAGCGAAAAUUAGAGGUUGUCUGUCACUACUGCAGUCAUGGGCACGGUUUCGCUUUCCAUUUUUACGUCCUCGAGUGGACCACCCAUAUACAUUUCCAUUCAUAACGAGGUGGAACCAUCCGACAAGUUAUGCUGGAUUACCUAGCUGUCUUAAAGAUAUACGGCUUCUAUUAGACCAAAAGUUAGAAGCAGAAUUUAAAUGGACACAAUACGAGGAUCCGGCAAUUCGGAUAGUAAUUCCGGAUGAGUACUUGCAAAAUCCAAAUACUUGGCACGUGAAAGUCGUAUUGGUCAACUAUGCGUCCGUGGAGAUACUCCAGACGGACAGAGUAUUACGGCAAUUUGGAUUCCGACAACUGAUCCCCAUGGCACCUGAGGUGUUGGAUGACCAUCACAAAAUCGACCUACGGCAAUUGCAUACGGAUUGGCCGAGAUUCUGGUCACACUACAUCCAAAAGUGGAAAGAUCAGUAUGAUUAUAUACCUACUCAGGAACCGAUCAUCGUUCCUGAGUUAGUGUGCGUACCGGAAUACAUGCCAUGGUUUAGGAUCCAUGCCAAGUCGUAUUUACUGUCGACAGAGGAGAGGCAACGGCAAUUACGUAUCCAAAGGGAACGACGUGGCCCUUUAAAUCCAAGACGAAGAGAUGACGACACAAGCCCAUCAACGAGGCCCAGACAAUCACCCAACCCAUCAUCAGCGGCCAUUCAAUCACCAGGCCCAGCGAGAGUACCGACACAGUCACCUGACCCAGCAGUUCAACCGACGAUACUCACGGCACAACCUUUUUAGAUGAUGCCAGGUGCGUAUCCUAGUCCUUUUAUGUAUCCUAAUUCUUAUAUGUUUCCUUUUUCUAGUCCUAUGGCAGGUUGGAGUCAAUGGCACGGUUUAUCUCCAUUUUUCGUUACGCCAAGUAGAUCGCCGAUGUAUAUGCCAGCGUCGCACGAGGGAUCGCAAGAGGGGCCAUCGAGGAGCUCUUCUUUUUACCAAUCGCCAUCACCGUAUGGGUUUCAAACAGCUUCGCCGUUGGUCAUGCAAACACCUUCACAAUCACUAUUCUAUCAAGGUGGCUCAUCGUCCCAACACCGACAACAAGAUACCCUACCGAAGGAAGGAGGAAUCCAGCGCAUAACCGUCGACGACCACCAUGUGGCACUGAAUCCAGCGGGCACGAAGAUUGAUUUUUAUUUUAAUAUAUUUGUACAAACAUUUUGAAUAAUUUGAUACUAUUUGAUGUAAUAAAAUAGAAAUUCUUCUGUAAUGACCCAAAAUUCACGGGCAUCUAAAAAGUAUAA